AUGGCGUCCACAGCGUACGGCGGCUCAACGCAAAAAGGCAACAUAUCAUCGAUUCUUACAGUACAACACUCUGUCGACACAAUCAAGAAACCUCAAGUGAUCGUGCGACUUGUCGUGCUGGUCAUGUGUAUCAUUGUGUUCGGCUGUAUUGCUGACAACGGAGGAGACAAUCAGACGUGUUUCAUCAACAAUGGCAUGUCGGGUAGCCAAGGUCCCUGUAUUCUAGGACUGUUUGUUGGUGUGAUGGGAUUCCUCAUUUGUCUCGGAUUUUUGAUCAUCGAUUAUCUGUUCGAGCUGUCGAACAACUUGCUCGUUAGAAAGUGGUUUGUUGUUGCCGAUAUCGCCGUCUCCGGUCUGUGGGGUUUCUUCUGUUUGGUCGCAUUUGCCGUCAUGACAAACAGCUGGAGGAACAAUGACGUUGUUAUCUACCCCAGCAAGGUUGUCAACGGAAUUCGAGCUGCAAUUGCUUUCAGUUUCUUUGCCAUAUUUGGAUUUGGAGCUCUGGUGGGUUUGGGCGUCUACCGACUAAGGCUUGGAGGAGGUCCUCUGUCUCAACCAAGUGAAAUACCCGGAGGAACUAGUGCCACCCCACAGGUCGAGCCAACGUCUGUUGCUGCAGCCCAGCCUACAGAGUGA